GGCGGCGGCAGCGGCAGCGGCAGCAGCAGCAGCAAGUGGUUGGGCCGUGCGCAUUUCCUUCCCUCCCCCUGGGCCUCGGAGCCCGCCCGCUCGCCCAGUGCGCGGCGCCCGCGGCUCCGCUCCGCGUCCUCUUCCCGCCGCCACCGGCCGCUCCUUCCCCGCCCGUCCAUGUCCCUGCCCGUGGUGCUCCCGGGCUCCUGCUGCCCUGUGGCUGGGCUCUCGGGCGGGCCGCAGGCCGGGGGCCCGGGCGCCGCGGCCGCCGCCGCCCAGGAGCCGCCGCUGCCCCCGCUACGGCCGCGCUGGUCCCGGGCCGCGCUGCAGCCCCCGGCGCGGCCUCGCUGCGCGGCCACCGCCGCCGCCGCCGGGGUGCUGGCCCCGCCGCCCGCGCUCUCCUACCGCCGGGCCGCCGCCGCCGCCGCCGCGGCCCCGGGCUCGGCGCUGCUGCCCGCUCGCCCGCUGCUGUCGCUCGGUCUGCUGCAGCUGAUCCUGGGCUGCUGCAUGGUGGCACUCAGCUUCGGGGCGCUGUCGCUGAGCAGCUCCCCGCAGGUGAAGAACUCGUGCCCGUUCUGGGCCGGCUCCUCGGUGAUACUCUCUGGAAUCAUAGGAUUAACAACUUGGAAACGGCCUAUGAUACUCCUGGUUGUCCCAGCACCACUUGUUGAAGAGCCUGUUUUUUCCUCAUUGAAUUAUCUUGGAACCCUUGUUGAAAAUCAGCUGACUCUAAGUGUGAACCUCUUUGUGCUGCUGUCUGUGGUGUGUGUCCUCCUGAAUUUAGCCGGAUUUAUCCUAGGCUGCCAAGGGGCCCAGUUCGUGUCCAGUGUGCCCAGGUGUGAUCUGGUGGACUUAGGUGAAGGCAAGAUUUGCUUCUGUUGUGAAGAAUUUCAACCAGCCAAAUGCACAGACAAAGAAAAUGCCUUGAAACUCUUCCCAGUUCAGCCUUGUAGUGCUGUUCACCUUCUACUCAAGAAAGUCCUUUUCGCCCUAUGUGCCUUGAAUGCCCUGACGACCACCGUCUGCUUGGUAGCAGCUGCCCUUCGCUACCUUCAGAUCUUUGCAGCCAGAAGAUCCUGCAUCGAUGAAUCCCAGAUUUCUGUGGAAGAAGUGGAGGAACACAGACGCAUCCCAGACCCUGAAGACUUUGUGCCGCCAGUGCCUCCCCCUUCCUAUUUCGCCACGUUUUACUCAUGCACACCCCGGACGAACCGCAGGAUGGUUGGUCCUGAUGUUAUACCACUGCCGCAUAUCUACGGAGCGCGAAUCAAAGGCGUGGAAGUGUUCUGUCCCCUGGAACCCCCGCCUCCCUAUGAAGCUGUGGUGAGCCAGACGGACCAGCAGCAGGGAUCUUCAUUCCAAAUGCCAGAAGGAUCAGAAGCUGCCACCAGCCCUUUGGAACCGAUCUGCAUGCCAGUGACUCAAGGUGGGGACAUUCCUAACACACCUGGAGAAGAAAGCGCAUCCAUGUCAACUCCCAGCUCCAGCCAGCUACGUCCGGCGAGGAGCUGGAGAGCCCUCCAGCCCCUGAGGACAAGAUCCAAGAGUGACCCUGUGCUUCAUCAUUCUGCAGAGAGAGCCGUCCCCGUGCUCAGCUGUGAAGCCGCGACUCAGACUGAGGGAAGACCAGACCUGGCUGCGGUGACCUUGAGAAGAGGGUUGAGAUCUCGAGCUUUGAGAUGCAGACCGAGGUCUUUAAUAGAUUACAGAUCUUACAUGGACACCAAGCUGCUGGUGGCGAGGUUCCUGGAGCAGUCCUCCUGCAGCAUGACCCCGGACAUCCAUGAACUUGUAGAAAACAUUAAAUCUGUUUUGAAGUCCGAUGAGGAGCACAUGGAGGAAGCCAUCACAAGUGCCAGUUUUCUAGAACAGAUCAUGGCCCCGAUGCAGCCCAGCACUUCCAGGGCCCUCAUGCUGCCCUCGAGGAGACAGCCUGGCCUGCUGCACCUGCGGAGCUGCGGAGAUCUGAGCACCUUUGUCCCCGCGGGGAGGCCGAGAGCGGAGAGGAGGCCCCGGCGAGCGGAGGCUGAGAGGCCACACAGCCUCAUUGGCGUCAUCCGAGAGACUGUCCUGUGAAGCUGCGGGGCCCGGGCUCCUGAGGAGCAGGAAAAAAGAUGGGCCCUGGAAGGCACUCAGGGCCUCUGAGGGGAUGGAUCCCCUUCCUAACCCUGUAGUUUCCUGGCUGGGAGUAGGGGUCCCCCUCUGGGUACUCCUCAGAAAGGGGGGGCACUCUGGAGAACAUUUAUUCCCGCUCUUUGGCUCCCCUCUCUGCCGGCCAAGGGCACUCGAGGGGGAAUGACAAGUUAUUCCGGACCCAUUUGGCUUUUGGAUGCCCGAGUUGGAGGCCAUGAAUGAAGCUGCAUCUCCUUCUCUGCCCGGGUCUGCCCUGCUGUGGGCGGAAACGGCUCAGGAUUCUGUGCCCGCCGCACCCCUCGCGGCUCCCUUCCUCACUGAGUUCUUUCCCUGGCUGGAAGGGCAGAUCUGCUGGGUGGCUAUUUAUUUGCUGCCAAGUGAGAGUGGAACUGGCACGGAAGCAGGAUGAUUAACCCUGAUAUACUGCGAUGGUCAAGCCUCAUGUUAGGUCACUUUCCAAUCACACUCUCUUUAGGAAAAACAGGAAACUUGUUUGGUGACAAAUUUUAUUGAAAGACAUUUAGGGAGAGAAUUCUUGUUGAUGCCAUUUAUUCAUGCUUGCAAAACUAGAGACAGCGAAGGCAGAACUGAGAAUAAAAGUGUUUACCUUGGA